GUAGCUUCCGAUUGAUUUCUACCUGAGUUUUGAGUUCCUUUGUGGUCACUUUGUUAUUCUUCUGCUGGGUUUUUUGUUCGAGGAUCUGGUACGUCUGUUUGGUCGAUGAUCGAGUGAUCUUCCUUGGGUUUUGGGGAUCUAAGUCAUCUUGAGGUUAUAUAGCUAAUGGUUUGGAUUUGAGUUUGAAUGGAGCGUUUGGGAUUUUGGGGAUUGCUAAUGGGUAGUGUGGAAAAGUCAUCGGAUUCUGGAAAUUCGGUGGCUUGUUCUGCAUCUGCGAACAAUGGAGACGAAGAUAGUAGUACUUCAUCGAAGCAAGUUUCACCAUUGAAGGGUUCUGGGUCGAGAAAUACUAGUCCUUUAGGUCGAGUUGGGUCGAGAAACACGAGUCCUUCUAGGCAGAAAGUGGUCAAGACGAAGCCUCGUGGUUUAGAGGAAGAAACAGUUGCUUCAUUUGGUAAACCAGUUGUUGCUGAUGUGCAGAUGGAGGAUGGUGGUCUCGUUUGCUUUUCGGGUAUGGAUGGUCUAACUUUCAGAACUUUAGUAUGCAAUCCUCUGAUGCAGAGUUGGAGGACUCUACCGAGUAUGCACUACAACCAACAAAGGCAAUUGAUUAUGGUCGUAGAUCGCUCAGACAAAUCGUUCAAAGUUAUAGCCACAAGUGAUAUUUAUGGUGAUAAGUCAGUUCCUACCGAAGUGUAUGAUUCCAAAACUGAUAAAUGGUCCUUACAUCAGAUAAUGCCUGCGGUGAACUUAUGCUCUUCGAAAAUGGCUUAUUGUGAUUCCCGGUUAUAUCUUGAAACUCUCUCGCCUCUUGGGUUGAUGAUGUAUCGGCUUGAUACAGGGCAAUGGGAACACAUUCCAGCUAAAUUCCCGAGAUCUUUAUUGGAUGGUUACUUAGUUGCUGGAACUCAGAAGAGAUUGUUUCUCGUAGGAAGGAUUGGCCUCUAUAGUACCCUCCAAAGCAUGAGGAUAUGGGAGCUUGAUCACGCAAAGGUUUCUUGGGUAGAGAUAAGUAGAAUGCCACCAAAGUACUUCCGAGCACUUCUGAGACUUUCGGCUGAGAGGUUUGAGUGUUUUGGACAAGAUAAUUUGAUCUGCUUUACAUCUUGGAAUCAAGGAAAAGGUCUUCUAUACAAUGUGGAUAAGAAGAUUUGGUCUUGGAUUUCCGGUUGUGCUCUUCAGUCAUGCAACAGCCAAGUGUGCUUUUAUGAGCCAAGAUUUGAUGCAUCUGUCCACUGAACAAGAAGUAAUCGUUUGUCUCACAACAUUCUUGAAAACUUACAAGUUCGCUAGCAAAACAUGUCAGAGAUAUGAAAUCGGAAAGCCUUUGGUGUGUACCUUCAGUGUUAAUGAAGACCUCGUCAGCAA